GAUGUAGGGAUAGGGAGCGUCGUCAGAGUGAGAUGUCUUUCAUCUUACGGCGCUCUCUGCUUACAUAUGUCCAAGUCUUUGUGCCUCUCGGAUCGACUGAAGGAAAAACAGCUGGAUCUGCAAAAGCUAACGCUGCUGGCCCUCGGUGGCCACGUCGCUCCCUCAAGCUGGCGGUGAGGCUGAUGAUGGUGUGUGAAGAUGGAGGCUCCUGAAUAUCUGGACCUGGACGAGAUCGACUUCUCCGACGACUCUGUGUAUCCUGUCACGUCCCUGAAGAACAUCCCAGAGUUGUCCAGGAGAAGCGACGCUCCAGCCGAGGAGAGACCAGCUCCUGCCAUCAACUGGAGUCGUGGGGUCUCAUCCCACAGCGGCGGGGGAAUCAAACCCACCGGCAUCGCCGAGGUCCACAGCAAGUUCCGGCCGGUGAAGAGGGUUUCCCCUCUUAAGCACCAACCCGAGACCCCUGAGACUGAAGCUGAUGGGAAAGUCCCGGGUCUGGGGGAAGCGAGGGAGUCGGUCAAGGAUGAGCACAACUCCAACAAGCAUGCGUCCACCUCCGUCAGCGUCCCGGCAGGAAAGCCCAAAGUCCCGGAGGGCUCUGCCGGGGGGAACAACCCUCAAGCUCUCUUCGGCGAGCUGGAGCACUACGACCUGGACAUGGACGAGAUCCUGGACGUGCCUUACAUUAAAUCCAGCCAGCAGAUGUCCACGCUGCCCCGCGUCCCACUCGACAAACGCUCCGCAUCCAGCAGUAACCUCAGAGGGGGCACUCUGGAGAGGAACCGCAGUCUGAAGACUCACAAUGAGCCUCUUAGUCUGGGCAGCGGCGGCUCACAGACCCCGUAUUGUGUGUUGUCUCCGGUCAAAUGGUCGGACCUGAGGAAGUCCAAGUCCAUGGAUCCUGACAUGCACCACCUUCACCGCUCGCCGUCCCUCAGUGGUUACCAGCCGGAAACGCUCUCAUCCUCCAGCCUCCUCAGCUGCUCCUCAUCGCUCUCCUCGUUCUCUGAUGCAGACAAGCUGCUCUCCGUCCGGGUCUACCCAGACUCACAACCCCAGAGACUCGGCGUGGAGCCGUCGGGAGGUCCGGGGGCGAUGUUUUCCCUGCCGGGCAGCAGGCAGGAUGCCUCGAAGUCAUGGUCCACUGGAACAGCCGGGGGGUCGAGAGGGUUCGGCGUGGGUGCCGGAGGGGAGCUGGACGAGGAGUCCAAGAAGAACCAGAACAUCAUCAACAUCAUCAGAGAGGGACAGAUGUCGCUGCUGCCUCACCUGGCAGCUGAUAACCUGGAGCUGAUCCGCGACGAGGACGGCAACAACCUGCUGCACAUCUCAGCCUCGCAGGGUCACGCCGAGUGUCUGCAGCAUCUCACCUCUCUGAUGGGGGAGGACGGGCUCAACGAGCGCAACAGCCAGCAGCUCACCCCCGCCGGCCUCGGGGUCAAGAACGGUCACCUGGAGUGUGUAAGGUGGAUGGUGAGUGAGACCGAGGCCAUCGCUGAACUGAGCUGCACCAGAGAGCACCCCAGCCUGAUCCACUACGCAGCCCGACACGGACAGGAGAAGGUCCUGCUAUGGCUGCUCCAGUUCAUGCAGGAACAGGCCAUUUCUCUGGACGAGGUCGACCAGAACGGGAACACCGCUGUCCAUGUGGCGGCUCAGUACGGACACCUCACCUGCAUUCAGACCCUGGUGGAAUAUGGCUCCAAUGUGACCGUCCAGAACCAGCAGGGGGAGCGACCGUCGCAGUGCGCAGAGCGGCAGGGGCACACCACCUCGGCCCGCUACCUGGUCGUCGUGGAAACCUGCAUGUCGCUGGCGUCGCAGGUGGUCAAACUGACCAAGCAGCUCCAAGAGCAGGCGGUGGAGAAAGUGGCUCUCCAGAAGCACCUGCAGAGAGUGAUGGAACCCGGCAAAGCCGAGGGCACCCCAUCCAGGUCGCCCAGCUCCCACCAGCCGUCGGCCGACACGUGGCAGGAGAUGAUGUUGACAGCUGAGGGAACCCCGGCAGACGGGCAGUGGAUGGUCCGUCAGGGUGGGGCGGGACCCGACUCCGUGUUGCGACAGCUGCUGGGGAAGGACGCAGCAGACCCUCUCAGGGAGCGACCCCCUGUGGUGGGCGGACUGAGCAGGGAGGGGCCCAACUCCACCGGUGCCCGCAGGCCCGGCCUGGCCGAGAGGCGCGAGCUCAAGCUAGCCAGGCUCAAACAGAUCAUGCAGCGGUCGCUGAGCGAGUCUGACACAGACGGGUACCCGCCGGAGGACGGUAAAACUCCGACCGGCGCUCCGCCAAACACGGCUCGACCCGAUCGGCCGUCCCACCUGCCAAUCACAGAGGAGCCUGUCUCCAACCAUCUCCAGCUGAUGAUGAAGAAGCAUGUGCCUUCCUCAUCCUCUGCUGAGAAGAAACUGGCGUUUACCGGCGGCGGGUCCAAGUCGGUAGAUGGUUCUGUUUACAACCCGUCCCCGACGUCCAGUGAUCCCGAGGCCGCUGACGUCAAAACGCCGGACUCCUGUGACGACGGCCAGAAAGUGGCCACCAGCCCCAAGAGCGCGCUGAAGUCUCCGUCCUCCCGCCGGAAGACGUCCCAGAACCUCAAACUGCGGGUGACCUUCGACGAGCAUGUGCAGAAGAGCGCCGCCCAGGAGCCCACCAAAGCCUCCGGGAAAGACAGGACUCCCACAGGUAGCACUGAAGGCAAGCGGCCCUUCGGGGCCUUCCGCUCCAUCAUGGAGACUCUGAGCGGAAACGCCAACCACAACAACAACAGUCUGUCAGCGGCGGGCAGCCAGAACUCACCAGGCAGGAAGUCUGAGGGCAAAAUCAAUUCAGGAGGAGCCAAGAGCAAGAGCAAGAUCAGCAACGUCUGAGACACCAGCGCCCUCUGGAGGACAGCCAGCACAUUACACAUAGGAGAUGUUUCUGGCAGGCUAAGCACUGAUUCUGGCGCCCUCUAGUGGCUUCCCCUGUUUAUGUCAAGAGAAUCUCACGUCAGUUUCAGGCUGAAAGAAAAGAGGAACUGCAUCAUGAGUCUCAGGAGGAGCAGUUCGAUCUUAAAAAAAAAAAAUCUAAAUCUAGUGCCGAGUCAGAGACCAGGUGACGCACACUCACUUAGCAGUACCUCAACAGUCCGCCCUGCAGCAGUGGCCCAGAUUCCAUAAGUCAUUGCUUCACCUGCCAAAAACACCUGUUACUCGGCGACAGUUCUCAGCCGACGUGUGUGAAGAGACUCUGGCUUCGUCAAGAAGCUUGUUUUCUAUCAGGACUGCAGUAGUUUUUACAAUCCUGUGGAGGUCUUUUUGUGUUCAGAUUCUUUCUUUCUACAUUGAAACAUAGACGCCUCUCACACCGGACACCAUUCCUCAGUGAUCACAGGACGUGCAUUUUAGAGCUAUGGUGAACCCACCCGGGACUUCAAAGAGCAACUUAUGUACUGACUUUUAAUAUAAUACUGGACCGUGACUGAGCAUUUCAGUCUGUCUCUGUUCGCACUGAACUCUCUGUGAUAUUAAAUAUUUGCUCUAGAAAAUGUGCAUAAGCCCCGCCCCCUCAAACUCGCUUUGUUUCGUGGGGGCUGAAAUCUCGUUCUCAGCCACUCUGCUGUGAUUUGUAAGUUAAAAUCCCUCACAGCUGAAGCCCCACCUCCACAAGCUGACCUGAGCCGCCCUGUCCGCUCCCUGGGUUCUUUAGAGAGGAACACACGCUGGGCUCCUGCUCGAGUGGUCCAGACCACACUGUGCCUGACUCUCAAAACCUCUCAUUCACUGAGAUUUCAGGCAACAGAGAAGUUUAUGAAGCAAUAACUUUAAAACAGAGCCUCAUUAUGAUGAGGGACUCACUGCAUCAUGGAGAGGACUUUAGCACGAUUCGGAUGAGAAAGUUGGGUUUGGAGAUGUGUAGUUAGAUAGUUGUGCUUGAAAGAACUUUUGUGAAGGUGAAACCUGGCCACAGGUCUCAAGUCAAGUGAUUGGAUUGUGGUUUGGUCCUGACUGUGACUGCAGGCUUUGCUUGUUCCAUCUCAUGGCCCAUCAGAGUUGAGAUGAUCUCUUUGAUCUCUCGCUUUGAUCUCAACUUGCACCUCAGGAUAGUCAAAAAGUCAGUGGACGCUUGAGGCUGCACCUCCGUGAGCUAGCCACCAGUCUGCAGAAGUUUGAGGAUGUAGGUGUGUUUUGGUUGACAGAAAAACUUGGGACCCUCGUGGGGGCAAACAGUUGCUUUGAGACAGAGCUCCUGAUCCAGCUGCUGCACUGCACCCUGCUUCUCUUCUGCCCAUGAAGGGCUCUUCAGAUCCUGACAAACUGUCCGGUGUGAAUUGCGUCUCCAUCAAUAUUGAUAUUUAUGUUCAUGCACACAAUCGUAUCCUUCAAAAGUGCACAUGGAGUACGUGCGACAGUAUUUUUAAAACCACUGUAUGUAAUAUAUUUAAUUGGUUUUAUUAUUGUUUGUAUUGUAUUCCUCACUUUUUUAUGACUAUGCAGUAUUUUAUUUUUAUUUUAUUUUUGGCAUGAAGUAGAUUUAGGACGAGACGAGGAGGAAGCACCUUCGACGUGUGUGUGAUGUUUUGUAAGGCUGAAGACUUGACGUCUGGAAUUAAAUGUUUCUACAGAAUUGAUUCUGGAUGUGUGGAUGGUUGCAGAGCCCAGUAGAUAGGGUGCUGUCUCUAGUCCGGAAACACUCUUUGGUCUCGGAGCUGCCUCUCCAGUUGUAGGUCUUUCUCAAGAUAUGCUCCUUUGAUCACCCACUUUUGAUGGAUCACUCUUCUUUUCCGGGUUCUGACUCGGGUGUCGUGUAAGUCUGACACACACUGUCAGGACCACACCGUGUUUCCAGCGUCCCUCUCUGUGGCCCGCGCCACAUGCUGCAGCGCAGCUGAUCAAGAUGGAUGCGGUGUGUGCAUUGGUCUCCGUGGUAAUU